GCUGGUGAAUUAUCUGUGGUAGAACUAGAGAACCUCAUGGUGAUUGUUGCCAACCCCCACCAGUUCAAAAUUCCAGACUGGUUUUUGAACAGGAAGAAGGAUUACAAGGAUGGGAGGUAUUCUCAGGUUGUCUCAAAUGCACUAGAUAGGAAGUUGAGAGAUGAUUUGGAGCGAUUGAAGAAGAUCAGGAACCAUCAUGGUUUGAGGCACUACUGGGGUCUCCAUGUUCGUGGUCAGCACACCAAAAUAAUAGGCCGCAGAGGAAAGAUUGUUGGUGUCUCCAAGAAGCGUUGAGUGCUUUUUCUUCUCUUCUUUUUUCAGUUAACCAUGUUAGAUUGGCCUGGUGAGAUGUAUUUUGAGUUUUAGAAUUGUUUAGUGGUUGUUCCUUCCUGUUUUUGUUUUACAAUCCAGUCUGAGCUGGGUUCUAGUUUUUGCAAUAUUUGGAUCUUUUGACUGAAUUUAUACUUCCCUAUGGGCCCAAGUUAUUAGCGGAUUAUGAUGGGUGAAAAUCUAAA